CGACUUACAGGCGAGACCGAGUGGACCCAGAAUGGACGGUACACGGGCACUACAGAACUCGCGCUGACAGAGAACGGCGCAAAACAAGUCCUUGCAACGGGCAAGAUGAUUGUCGGCGCGGGCAAGCUCAUUGACCCAUCCAAGCUGGCGCAUGUCUUCAUUAGUCCGCGCAAGCGAGCAUUGCAGACUUUUGAUCUCGCUUUCAGCGAUGCCGCCAAGCAGAUGCUGAAGGAUGCGAACAAGGUAUCCGAGACCAUCAAGCUCGCGGAAUGGGAAUAUGGGCUGUACGAAGGGCUCUUGACCAGAGAGAUCAGAGCGUUGAGAAAGGACCAUGGUCUUGACGCGGACAAACCAUGGGAUAUAUGGAGAGACGGGUGUGAAGGAGGAGAGUGA